AUGAAAGACGGAAAGAGCACUGGUCGUAGUACGACCGGUACCAACGAGGAAGACAAUCGCUCUCAGGGCAACAGUACCACUGAUGAACAAGACCGUCCAUCACAGGAUGGGAAUGCCGUCAGAAAUACCCAGGAUCUCCAUAAUCAAGAAACGCCCAACAAGGAUGAUAACAGCGAGAACAUCAUGGAAAUGGCCUCGGAAGCAAUCAAUCAAGCUGCCAGAAUGGAAAAAACUGAACAUGCAGCCAAUGCCAACACAAAUGAUAAUGAUGUUCCAUCCAACACGCAAAAGGAUUCUCGUGUGAGGGAACAACAAGAUACUGUACCGGGAGAUACUACUGUACCAGGAAAUACGGUAGAGGCCCCUGCAGACGAAGAGGUCCUCGCAGGAAUAAUGCCACUCCCACCAACUGGCUUGCGCCGAACAGCCCAAAUGCGUCCACAAUCUCAGCCAGGUGCUUUCCCGGGUGCACCAGCAGGAGGACAGACGCAACAACGAAAUCCCGACUUGAACUAUGGCCUUGUUGGUGCUAAUAAUACGGGCACUGGUCCAGAAGAUUCUGGUGUUGCUGCUGCGACAGGAAAUGAAGGAUUGGUACAGGCUAAUGCAGUAGAGGAUGAUACGGCUGAUCUGAUGCAUGCCAAUCCAGUUGAUCUCGAAGCCACCCAACAUCGUGAACUCCAUAGGAAGCAGCAACAGAAAACUUUCAUUGCUGCAGUUCUUUGGUUGUUGCUGCUUACUGCCAUUAUUGUGGGCUUUGUGGUGGGGACCCAAAAGAACAAGGAGCCAGAGGUGGUUGUCCUCCCGGCAACUGCGGCUCCAACAGUUUAUGGCUCCGUGGAACCAUCGGAAGUGCCAUCCUCUGCUCCCACUGGAUCUCUGGACGUGUUGUUGCAUAGUCUGCCAGAGCACACUCUGGCUAGCAUCAACAAUGGCAGUGAGACUCCACAGUGGAGGGCAUGGCAAUGGCUGGCCAAUCAUCAAAAUAUCACGUUUCUUCCAGAAUGGAGAAAGACACAGCUGUUUGCUCUUGCUACUUUCUUCUAUGCUUUUCAGGGAGACAAUUGGCAUCCUUUGAUAAAGGCUCGCGGAUGGAUGGAUGACACAGUCGAAGAAUGUGACUGGUUCACCAGUGGGUUUGGAUGGUUUGACUUUGGUACAGGGGUAUUCAGGGAUUUUCGAGACAUCGGUGUCCCAUAUACGCUUCCCUGCAACAGUCAAGGACACUAUAUAUCUCUGUAUCUGCAAGACCUGCAGCUCUCUGGUCUCCCCCCGUUUUUGCCACCUGAGAUUGCGCUCUUGACUUCCUUGUCUCGUGUCUCUUUUGCACAGUUGUCGAGCAAUGGCAUCUCGGCACCAAUUUCAUCUCUUUUACCUACAGAAUUUUACGAGUUGACUGGAUUGACAUCUUUCCAAUUGUCGCAGGUUGGGUAUACUGGUGAAAUUCCCUCUGAAAUUGCACUAUUGACUUCAUUGAAACGACUUAUCUUGCAAAUCAAUCAAUUGACCGGUCAACUUCCUUCUGAGCUUUGGCUCCUGACGUCACUGACCAACCUUAACGCUGCUCAGAAUCAGUUGACAGGUCCGCUGCCUUCGGAGCUUGGACUCCUGACCUCAUUGCAAGUUCUUGAGCUUUAUCAAAAUCAGUUCUCCAGUUUGAUUCCUUCAGAGAUUGGGCUCCUGACCUCAUUCCAACACCUAAAUGUUGAUAUGAAUCAGUUUACUGGUCCAGUUCCUUCUGAGUUUGGAAUGUUAACUCCUUUGACUGUGUUUGCGUUGGGUCGAAAUCAGUUCACUGGUCAAGUCCCUUCCGAGCUUGGCCUUUUGACGGAUGUGAGAGCGCUGGACUUGAACCAAAAUCGCUUGACGGGGACAAAUCCUUCCGAGCUCGGGCUCUUGACCUCAUUGAGAGAGAUUUCUCUUCAAUAUAAUCAGUUCGCUGGCAGGGCUCCUACCGAGUUUGGGGCGCUUACUGGUUUAUCUAGGAUGUGGUUGAAUGGCAACCAGUUCACUGGCCCAGUUCCCACAGAGCUUUGUCUCUUGACAUCGUUGUGGCACCUUGAUCUUUAUGAUAAUCAGUUUGCCACAACACUCCCAACCGAGCUAGGGCUCCUAACCUCACUCAACCGGCUUCGCCUUGAUGACAAUCAGCUAUCUGGCCAGAUCCCAACUGAAAUUGGGGAUAUGACAUCACUGGCAUCCCUGGCUCUUGAAUACAACAACCUUACAGGAACACUGCCCAGCCAACUGAAUGCAUCUAUGGGGUUGACUCUAUAUGGGAAUCAGUUCUCAGGAACUGUGCCAGAGCCUCUUUGUACUUUUCUAUGGUGUGAUUGUUAUUCCCAAAAUGAAACUCCUCCUGUUUCCACCUGUGUUGGCCUUGAACCUCCACCUGAUUGGCCUGGGAGGUUUCCAACCACAAAUGCUGUUGUUGUCAUGCUGAACAUCCAAACUAAUGAUUUUCCAUGGCACACAUCAUGGGUUUGGCAGAAGGAGACCAAUGUGACUGGUAUUUGGUCCACAUUGGAAUCAGGUGGUUCACAGGGUUAUAACAAGUAUCUAUACUCCUCUCUCUUCCCAGCGAAUGCGGACACAGCCUACAAACUGGUUAUAUCUGACAGAUUUGAUACGGGUAACGGCAUAGCGGCUGAUUGGAUCUCUCUGACAACUACCAACCAAACAGUGUUGUACUCUUGGGUUCCGGUAGCUUCUGAGCCCUUCCCUGAACUCAGCAUUGACGUUUUGGUUGGAGCAGAUGGGUCUUUCGACGUGUCCAAUUCUACCGCACUGUGA